CACAAGUGGAACAUAUACUCAUGAAGCGUCAUGUCAAUUGACACUCAGGGCAUUUUAAAUCUUGAACUGGAAUCUGCUUUAGGAUUCAACGGUUAUGUGCUUUCUGGUCUCUGGCUUCACCCCGACAAGCAGAACCUGGUCUACCCUCUGGGAAACACAGUGGUUAUCAAGAGGCUCAGUGAUGGCAAACAGGAGUUCCUUCAUGGACACACGGACAACAUAUCCUGCCUCUCUGUGUCCAGAAGUGGGAAAUAUAUCGCCUCUGGUCAGGUCUUCGUCAUGAACAGCAAGGCUCCCCUGUUUGUCUGGGACUACGCUCAGCGAGCCGCCCAUGGGAAUUUCCAGCAUCACAAAGGGAAGGUGGAGGCGUUGGCCUUCUCCCCCAGUGAAACGUACCUGGCUUCUCUCGGGGGUCUGGAUGAUGGCAGCAUCGUGAUUUGGGACCUGAAAACAAAGCAAGCCAUCAGCGGGGGUCCGGCGUCCGCCGGCCGAGUCGGCCAGUCCUUCACUGUGCGUUUCUCCAACACGAAUGAAAACAUUUUCAUAUCGGCCGGUUGUGAAACAUUGCGGGUCUGGGAGUUGGACCUGUCCAACAAGAAGAUUAUCCCGACCGAGUGUAAGACGGACAAGUUGAAAAGGAUAAUGACAUGUGUUGAGAUCUCAAAGGACGAUAAACACAUCUAUUGUGGUACAACAACUGGCGACAUCAUGAAAGUCAACAUGGAUAGGAGGCACAUGAGCCAUUACGGUCCAACCAAGACCAAAUACCACAUGGGAGUCACAGCCUUGAAGCUUCUGGAGUCAGGCGAGCUGCUCGUAGGAUGUGGAUCCGGUGCUUUUGUUCUUUGUUCUGCAGAUGACUUCAAAGUUCUCAAAAAACUCCAGCUGGAUAAAAAGGUGACCUCCAUCACGGCGAGAGGGAACGAUGAGAAGUACUUUCUCGGCACGGAGGCGUCACACCUGUAUCACUUCAGUUUGGAUGACUUUAAUGCUGACCUCUUGAGCUCCUGCCACAACAGAGCUGUGACCGAUGUUGCCAUGCCAUGCGAAAAACCGGAGAUAUUUGCGACCUGCUCCGAGGGAGACAUCCGGUUAUGGCACACCAAGAGCCCCAUAGAGCGGCUUCGAAUCACUGUGCCCAACGUCUUCUGUAACGCCCUGGAGUUCAUGAGGGAUUCCCAAAGCAUCAUCAGUGCGUGGAAUGAUGGCAAGAUCCGAGCAUUUUGUCCCCGCAAAGGAAACUUAUUGUUCACCAUUCAUAAUGCACAUAGCAUGGGUGUGACAGCCAUCGCUGGAACAAGUGACUCCAGGAGGAUCAUCAGUGGUGGAGGAGAAGGCCAGAUUUGUGUCUGGGUACUGACACAGAACAACCACAAGCUUCUGCAGUUCAUGAAGGAGCAUAAGGCGUCGGUGAACUGCAUCAAAAUCAGAAGUGACGACAAAGAGUGCGUCUCAGUCAGCUCUGAUCGUACCUGCUUAAUCUGGGAUUUAGUGCGAUUUGUGAGUCUCCAGCUAGUCACCGCCAACUCAGUGUUUCAGACGCUGUGCUACCACCCCGAGGAAUUCCAGAUCAUUAUCAGCGGCAGCAACGGAAAGGUGACUUUUUGGGACUUAACUGUGACCACGACGGUCAGAGAAAUGAUGGUGACGCAGGCCGGAGCCAUCUAUGGCAUGGAUAUCACCAAAGAUGGAAAAUACUUCGUCACAGGUGGAGAUGAUAAAUUGGUGAAGGUUUGGGAUUACAUCGCAGGAUCUAUAUCCCACGUAGGGAUUGCGCAUGGGGGCAGCAUCACCAGUGUCAAAAUCUGUUCGAGAAGCCGAACCCUGAUCAGCACCAGUGCAGAUGGAGGUAUUCUCCGCUGGAAGUUCCCGUAUGCCCCGCCUCCACCUGAACAGUUCUAGUUCCAGAACAGUUCCUUUUUUUUUUUUUUUUUUAAAUCGUUGUGUAUGCAAUAAAACAACUUCUACUGUC